CGGUCGCGGCCUUUCGAAACUUCCACAGCUACGGUGAAGUUUCGCUCGACAGUCGACACAAAGGAGGUAUUUGGGUUUUCGUUAAAAUGCCGGCAGAUUUCUGUUCAGAGCGUGGUUUGUUCGGGGGGGCUAUAGUUAGCACAUUCCCUCUUAGAUUCCAGGACGUGAGCAACAUCCGGCAAGUCCCUGAUCAUCAGGAAGUGUUUGUGGAUCCAUCUCGGGAUGAAAGCUUGAUCUUUGAGCUUUUAGAUUUUAAGCAUGAUGUUUGUGACAAUGGAAGUGCUGUUUGGUUCCUUCAAGACCUUGCCACUGAGCAGGAUGCUGAAGGAAGCGUGGUGAUUGAGCAAUCCGGGGUGAUCGAGGCACCUGGACUAUGUUAUGGUAAUAUACCUUCUGUAGUUACAACUGCCGUUGGCCAAAUGUCAAUUUCAAAGGGCCGGCAAGGAAGAGAAGCUCAAAAUAUUGUCAGGGUUUAUUUGGCGAAUCUUCGUCUGAAAGGAGUUGGUACAGAUGUGCUAAUCUCUGCUUAUGAACCCAUUGUCAUAAAUCCUUUGAGCGAAAGUGCUAGUUCAGUUGGCUCUGGUUUGGCCACUCCUGCCUCACAAUCCGGAUGCAUGCCAAUGGCUGAAGUAUUCAAACUCGCAGUUUCCAGCUUUAAAGUCUACGACUGGAGCCUUUUCGGCACAUCUGCCUAAUCAUUUUAAAGAGGAGAUAGUUUCAUCGUGAAUUCUUAUUUCAUUUGGAUGUUAAAAGUAGCUAGCUAGCUAAGGUGAGUCUGAUAUGUUACAUUGGGAAUGUUCCUGCUGCUCUCUUCAGUGUGGAAAUUGUUUGUAGAGGUUUUAGGGCUGUCAUUGUUGUUGGUUUUUUAUUUUACUUUAUGGGAAGUUGAAGAUAAGAAGUAGCAAAUGUGAAUAGCGGCAACCCCUUUAAGGUGGACAAAAUAGAACAAGCAUUAGCUGUUUGUAGUAGGACCCCAUAUUUCUGUAUCAGUCAAUCACGUGGCAAACAAAAGGUUUGAAUAUUAAACCAAUGACUGACUGGCCAUAUCAUGUA